AAGGAAAGUUGUUUGUGUGGCAGCUCGAUCAAUUUUCUAAAGAGCCUUCGCGGUCCGAAGAUUAGCCGGACUUAGCGUUCGGAGGCUAUGACGGCCCGCCGAAGACAUAAAAACUUUGCGGCCCUGGGAACCUCUUCUGUUCUUUGUGCGGCGAAGGUCGAUAGUCCGUUUCCCCGGUUGCUUAGGAACCUUUAUACUGUGGUUUCAAUAGUGUCGUUGACCUCCCAGAGAGAACAUUAUUGCUCUCGAUCGUAUACACUUUGUGGCAGCGUCUUUUACAGUGGCGCUCUCGCUGGAAAAGGAUCGAACAUACUAUUUUCGUGAGACUGAAUUGUUCUAUUGUUCAUGGGAGUCGGGUGUCAGACGAGGCGCAACCUAGCCUUGUCUGCGAGCUCUGCUGCAAGUUCAGAGAUGCGAGAACAGCUUUGAAAGCAAC